AUGCUACAUCACAAUAAACGCACGCAGCAGGAAAUAAAACAAUCGGAUAUGGUAUCCAAACGCAAGCGCUCUUCUUCAGCCGUAGGAGGCGAUGUUCCCUCGUCCUCACUUCCUUCCCACCUCCCCACCGACAGCAUCAACCCUUUCAGCUACUCUCCAGGCCAACUACUUCAGUUUUCCAUAGCAGGCCUCAGUGAAACGGACAAGGAGCCGUCGUUGAAAAUUGCGAAUUUCCCACACCGCGGCCUAGGGAGAGAUGGCAAGGACCUCCUUGAGGAUGAGGAGGACGGAAACAACGAUGAAGCCGCAAAGGAAGAAGACGGGGGGCGAAGACAAAAAGGUGGGAGGCCAGUGUCUCGUUGUGAGAGACAAGUCCAAACCCUCAUCCAGUCCAUCUACCAUUUUCUCGAUCGUGGUGAUGUGCCCAAGGCAGCGCGGGUGUACGGCCUGGUCCUACAGCUGCAGCCGCACGGCAGCCCCAUCGACAUCCGGCACUACAAUCUUUGGGCUCUGGGCGCGGAGAUUAUCAUGCGAGGCGGCGAGACGGCCCCUCCUGUAGAGGGCGAUGAGGGGGGUGAAGCUACGCAGGUACGGCAGCCGACAAGAUGGGGCCGUGCUGCCAACAUGAACAAGCUCAAGGCGUACUUUGAGACGCUGAUCCAGCAGUACCCAUGGGACCACAGGCGUCCGCAGAAUCUGUCGGCCAUUGACUUUUGGCUCGCAAUUCUCAGCUGUGAGGUGUAUAAUAUCCAUGCUGAGCAUGUGAUCGGCCUUGCGCGGGCCGAAGAGGAGGCCCUCAACUGGGAUGACGACUCCCUCCCGCCUCGCGAGGAAGAAGAGGAAGAUGAGGAGGAGUAUGACCUGCAGAAGCGUCGCGAAGCAAGGCUGGAUGACCUGAGAGAUGACGCGCGCAAAAAGUCACUCACAGCUAUGAGGGACAUUGCCGCGAGGAUGGACAGCCUCAUAAAAGAACAGCCCUUCUCCAAGACUCGUGCCUUCUUCGGGCUCCGCGCCACCGUCUCCAUGUACGUGGCUGACCUAGUUGUGCCUGUUGUCCCGGCAUCGCCCUUUGCCCUACGACAAGCGCAGGAUACGCGACAGGCACAGCUGGAUGCGGCUAGAGCUUACCUGGACAAAGUCAUCAAACUGGGGGGGGAACUUGACAGGCCGACUAUGGCGUUCCUGGGUGCCGGCGACGAUGAAAACAGCUUUCCCGAGGUGCCCUUGUACUCAUCCCUUCCAAUACGGGAGCCAUGA